AUGAUUGUUUUUAUGUUAUUCACAGUUUUGGUAAGUUCUCAAGACUCUAACCAACAAUAUAGACAAACAGCAGUGCAACCAACUGGAAUUCAUCCAACAACAACUGAAGCAAUGCAAUAUAGGAAAAUGAUGGAAAAACAAGAUGCUGACCAAAUAACAAGUUAUUUGCAACAAAGAACACAAGAGAUGGCUGAUAAUUUUCAAAGAAAUAUGAAAAAUAAAGGAGAAAUGGAAAUGAGUAAAUUAAAAAUAAAUAAUAUGAAAGAACAAGAUAAUUACAGAAGAAAAUUUGUUCAGUUUAUUAAGAAAGAUCCAUAUUCACGUUAUGUAAAAGAAUUAACAGAUACUGAAAAAGAAGACUUACAAAAUUUCCGUACAUUUAUGGCUGCUGCUGAUAAACCAUUUAAUAUUAAAAGUUUUUAUGGCAUGAUGAAAAGGAAAGAAAAUAGUGAUUUAUAUUCCAACGUUGGAUUAAAAAUGAAUGGAAUUGAUGGAGUGUUUAAUGGAGGAAAAGAUUGGUAUAAAAAAAGAAUGCAAUGGUUAUCUAAAGUUGGUCCAGGAUUGGAUGAAGAGUCUAGUGGAUAUUUAAAUAAGAAAUUCUUUAGUAGACAUUCUUCUGAAGAUCCUAAGAGUUAUAUUGGAAAAAAUGCACCAAUUCAGUUUGCAUAA